AUGUUCAAACAGAUUGUUGGUUCAUUGAGAUAUUUGUGCAAUAGCAGGCUAGACAUAUGCUUUGCAGUUGGCUUGAUUAGCAGAUUUAUGGAGGAUCCUAGACAAUCUCAUAUGAAAGCUGCUAUGAGAAUAUUGAGGUACAUAUCUGACACACUAGAUUUUGGAAUUCUCUUUCCAAAGUCAGCAGUGAAUGCAAAAUCAGAGAUAAUUUGCUAUUCAGAUGCUGAUUGGUGUGGUGAUAAAGUGGAUAGAAGGAGUACCACUAGCUAUUUCUUCAAGUAUUUGAAUGCUUUAGUUGCUUGGUGUUCAAGGAAGCAACCAGUAGUUGCACUUUCCUCGUGUGAAGCAGAAUAUAUUGCUGGUUCUUAUGCAGCAUGUCAAGCCCUAUGGAUUAACUCAGUGCUUAAGGAAUUGAAGAUCAAUGUGAAGAAGCCAAUUACACUACAAAUUGACAAUCAAUCUGCAAUAAACUUAGCUAAAAAUUAA